AUGGCUCAAACCAUGUUGCUCGUGUCCUGUGUCCCUGCUAGCUAUUCUGUAUAUCAGAAGAGAAACUCUUUGCUUCAACUGCAGAAUCGAGAAUUAAGACCCAAAUUCUCUUGUCUCUUUUUCAAUCCACUACUUUCAGCUUCUCAUGCAUUUUCUUCUUCACCUCGUACAUUCACAACUUUGGCCCUCUUCAAAACAAAGACCAAAGCCCCUCCCAACAACAAGUUGGUGAAGUCCAAGCCAAAACUGAAGGUUGAAGAUGGCAUUUUUGGCCCUGGAGGGUUCGGCUGUACUAAGCAGAACGAACUCUUUGUUGGUCGAGUUACCAUGCUUGGUGUUGCAGCAUCAUUGUCGGGUGAAGAAGCAAUUCAUGAAACAGAGCCUCUUCUCCUUUUCUUCAUCAUUUUCAGUGUACUAGGAGCCAUUGGAGUACUAAGUAACUGUGGUGAAUUUCUUCAUGACCCUGCCACACAACUGGAUAAACCCCUCAUUCCUCCAGGAUGCCAGAAGAAAAGCAAAGUUGACAAGUUGUUGAUGUGGUGGUGGACCUUCUCAGGCCUCACAAACAUGAUUAUUGAGGGUUAUUUUGUUUUCUCACCAGAGCUUUUCAAGGAUAAGACUGGCUUCUUCCUAGCUGAAAUUUGGAAGGAAUACAGUAAAGCAGAUUCAAGGUAUGCAGGAAGGGAUGCAGGGGUGGUUACUAUUGAAGCAGUAACAGCUGUUUUGGAGGGUCCAGCUAGUAUUUUAGCAGUAUAUUCAAUAGCUGCUGGGAAAUCAUAUAGCUACAUACUUCAGUUUGCCAUUUCUUUGGGCCAGUUGUAUGGAAUUGCUGUUUAUUUCAUAACAGCAUUCUUAGAAGGUGAUGACUUUUCUGCAAGUUCAUUUUACUAUUAUGCAUACUAUAUUGGAGCAAAUGCCUCAUGGAUUAUUCUACCGUCUAUCGUUGUCAUUCGCUGCUGGAGAAAGAUUUGUGCAGCAUUUAAGGUGAUGGAUGACUCCAUGUUCAAACGGGACGGUCACUUUAACCGAACUUACUCCUACCAAUCUUGCUCUUCUCAAAGAGAUGUCCGUUACAGCUGUGGUACUUGUGGUUAUGAAUUGAAUCUAUCAUCAUCAAACCGGAAUACCUCAUCCAUCGGAUCAAAAUAUGGAAAGUCCAUAAAGCGAGGUAUCAUAUCAUUCUUCCAUAUUGAUCUCAGCAGAUUUACGCAGGUUGAUGAAAUUCAGUGUGUGCCCCAUUUUGAUAAGCACUCAUGGGGUUUGUUUCGCCGAAGAACCAACCUUCUUUGUCGCAAGUGUGGGAACCAUAUUGGAAAUGCAUACAAUGGUUACACUACAUCCUUCCCUCUUGUGUCAAACAGAGCAGAAUCGUCUCCUAGCUCCAAAGUGGUCAAUCAUACAAAAUAUGACAUUCGCAUUCGUGCCUUGCAGCCUUCAUCUUCUGAAGGAUCUGGAACCCCUGUGUUUGCUUGA